UCAGCGCAGACCACGAAAAAAUGAAGGCAGGAUGGAUUGUGGCUCUGUCAAAUAAUUAGUUUGUAUUCGAUUUUGUAUUGGAUGUGCAAUUAGGACUAUUGUAAUUAGUAUACUAAUAAAUGAUGGACUGCUUAGCGAAUAUUAAUUGGAACAAAAUCACACCAUGCCUUGUUUUAUUAGUCCUAGAAUUAGUGUUGGAAUUUUCAGAGGCGACGAGUCCGGCGGAGGUGAACAAGCACCUGGAGCUGGGGCGAGACUUCCUGGCGCGGGGGCAGCUGGCCGACGCGCUCACGCACUACCACGCCGCCGUCGAGGGAGAUCCAAAUAACUACCUCACAUACUUUAAAAGAGGCACUGUGUACUAUGCGCUUGGUAAAGCAAAGUUUGCUCUACAGGACUUCACUAAGGUGCUGGAGUUGAAGCCGGACUUCACCUCAGCGCGGCUGCAGCGCGCCGCCGUGUAUGUGAAGCUGGCGCAGUACACCGACGCAAAGCAGGACUACCUACUGGUGUUAGAAGCGGACCCGCACAACCCCGAAGCCGUCCAACAGCUGCCACAACUACCGGGCCUGGCGGAGGACGUGCGGCACGCGGAGGCGCUGCACCGCGGCGGGGAGCACGCCGCCGCCGCCGCGCUCGCCGCGCGCCUGCUCGAGCCCUCGCCCUGGGCCGCGCACGUGCGGCAGCUGCGGGCCGAGUGCCACAUCGCCACUAACGACCUGAUCUCGGCGGUGUCGGACCUGCGCGCCGUGAACCGGCUGCAGCAGGACUCCACCGCCGGCUACCUGCGCCUGGCGCAGCUGCUGUACCAGCUGGGGCACGCCAGCGACGCGCUCAAGGAGGUGCGCGAGUGCCUGCGGCUGGACCCCGAGCACGGCGGCUGCUUCCCGCUGUACAAGAAGGUGCGCGCCGUGGAGCGCGCGCUGGCGGCGGGCGAGGCGGCGGCGGCGGCGGGGGACUUCCCCGCGUGUGUCGCGAGUGCCCGCAAGGUGUUGCAGUUGGAGGAUGAGGUGACACUCAUCGUGUUCGAGGCUAGGAGGUGGCUGUGCCACUGCACCGUCAAGAACGAAGACUACACGGAGGCGCUGCCUUGGUGCGCGGCGGCGCUGGAGGUCCAGCACGACGCGCGCGUGCUGUGCGACAAGGCGGACGCGCUCGUCGGCCUUGACAUGUUCGACGACGCUAUCCGCGUGUACAAGGAGGCUCUGGAGCUGGAGGAGGGGCUGGCGCGCGCCAAGGAGGGGCUCUCCAGGGCCACCAAGCUGCAGAAGCAGGCCGAGCGAAGGGACUACUACAAGAUACUCAACGUCAAGAGGUCAGCCAGUAAGCAGGAGAUCGUGAAGGCGUACCGCAAGGCGGCGCAGAAGUGGCACCCCGACAACUUCCAGGGCGAUGAGAAGAAAGUGGCCGAGAAGAAGUUCAUCGACAUCGCCGCCGCCAAGGAGGUGCUGACGAACCCGGAGAAGCGCGCGCAGUUCGACGCGGGGUCGGACCCGCUGGACCCCGAGGCGGGGCGCGGGGGGGGCGGGGGGGACCCCUUCGGCUCGCCCUUCCACCACUUCCAGCACGGCUCGCCCUUCCAGUUCAAGUUCCACUUCAACUAGACGCAGUCCCCCGCCCCUCGCCCCCCUCCGCCCGCUGUAGGUGCUACUGUUGUAGACACCAGUGUUAUUCACCAGAUGAGAAUUGAAGUCGUUUCAGUGCCAAGUCAUGCAAAACUGGAAUGGCUUUUUGCAGUUAGGUCCAUGUAUAAUAUGAAUAGUUUUUGUUACGGCGGAGGGUGUCAGAAGAGACGGACUCCAGUGAGCAACCCGUGUUGAGGGCUCAAGUAACGUUUAGUGGAAUUGACUACAGAUGAGAUUCAACAAGGGUACUGCAGACAAUAUAUUGUCGUAUAACAUUGGAACAUUUUCCAAACAUGUUUGCUUCCAAAUGGUUUGAUUAAAUUAUUAGAAAUGAUUUUUUCUGUUAAAAAAACAUGUAAAAUCAUAGUGCAACUUACCAAACGUAUACUUCCUCUCUCUCUAACUUGAUUAAAUAAUGUAUGUUUCGGUUAAACUGCCCCGAGGCUCACAUAUUAUGAUAUAGGGCCUCUAUAAUUUCAUUAUCAUGUUUGUGUCAGAUAUUCUUCUAGUUUAAAAGUACAAAGCACAUCGGCAUUUAGCGCAGAUUUUAUUUUUAUAAACACUGCUUGUUUUUAUAAUUACUAUGAUUAUUGUGUGCAUAAUAAUUUACAUAAGAGAGCGGAAUCAGUGGCCCACUUCGCUCCUGAAGAUGACUUCCCUGGUUAGAAAAUUAUGUAAAAUUAUAGGCCGAUAACUUCGUGUAGUCCUGUAAUUUUCACAAGUUUACGCAGAAGUGGACUUGAUAUAAAUUGUUAUUCCUAUUCUCAGAUCCAUCCAUGAUUUGUUUCACAUUGUUAUGUUUGCUAUAGAAAUAUUAUAUUUUACACACACAUAUCACAAUAUUAUUAUGUAUACCUAACGCGACCGCGGCGUCGUCACCGCUUGUACUUACGAAGGUCUUGUACUCCUAUCUGCCAUCGCUGACGGCAUUUUUAUUUAAAUUAUAACAUGCCUGAAAGAAUCAUUCAAAAUAUUAUGAUUUAAUCAAAAUCUAGUUUUUCUUGUAACACUAUUUGUCAAUAGUUCUGUGAUGAAGUCUAGAGUACUCGGUAUGAGUUCUCUAGACUUCAUCACAUCUCUACGGUUCAUGCAAGUCAUAACGAACUAUUGCCUGUAUUUGUAUAGUUUUGUGUGUAUGUGGGAGCCGAGCCUGCAUAUCCGCGGCUCGGCUCGCGUCGCGAUCAACUCAUAUUGAACUUACUUACAAAAGUCGUUAAGUUCCCAAUAAAUUAAACGAACUAAGAUUUUUGUAACUAAGCUGAUGAACUAUUUAUUUUUACAUAAGUUAUUUUGUUGUGAUUCUGAUAUGAUAUGAUAACUUUGUAAAUAUUUUAGGAUAUUUGUAAUAAUAAGCUACUUGAACUGA